AUGGACCGAUAUCCUGGACGCUGGUGGAAUCCGUGGACCUACUUGAAGAACUAUGUCGCGGAGACAUGGGAACUUGUGCUAGAGCAACGACAACUAUAUAAGGAGGAUCAAGAAAUACGAAGAUUGGAGAGAGAAAAUCGUCGAGCGUUGUGUGAUUCUCGGAAUCAGGAAUCAACGUCAACAGAAGCUCCAGAAGCCGUUCAAAAUUCCACCCCGUUAUGGGAACGAAAAGUCAAAAAGUCUAGAAAAGUGGAUCCCAAGGACCCACUCGCGAAGCACGUCUACCAUUUGGAGAAUCCGUACAUGAACCCAUUUGAGGAGCCGGAGCCAAAAAUUUGGCAUGCGCCGGGAACACCAGAAGCGAAGCUUGAGAUGGAGAAGAGGAAGAAGGAGAGAAGGAAGGAAAAGAAAAGAUCGGAUAUACCAGUUUGA